GCAACUCCAAACAAUUUUAAUAGCAGGCAUCCAUCUCAUUGUUCUUUUAGCCGUCUUGUGUUGAAGGAAACAAGAACUAGGUUAAUAUUGUUAUUAUUAUUUUUUAUUAUUUUAUUAUAAUUAAGCUUCCUUCAACACCGGCUCACUAGGGAAACAAAUAAAUUUAUGUAAGAAAAAAUAUAUAUCGAAAGAUAUAUAGAAAGCCGGGAGGCAAGAUGGAAAAGAUACAGUUUGCGGUGUUUAUGGCGGCAGCGAUCGGCUGCUUCUUGACGGGACCAGUGACUGCUUUCACUCACAUUGUUGGAGGAAAAGAGGGCUGGUCUGUACCUGAGAACAAAACCUUCUACGAGGACUGGGCUUUUCCAAGAACCUUUGGUGUUGGUGACAGACUUGUUUUCCCCUACAGGCCAGGCUCUGGCAACGUAGUAGUCAUCAACAAGGACGACUUCGACAAAUGCACACAGAAGAAUAUCAUUUACAUGUACUACUACGGACCAACCAUCCUCAACCUCACAGCACCAGGUGACCACUACUACUACGGUGGCGUCGGCAAGCACUGCGAGUUUGGCCAAAAGCUCCACAUCAAUGUCGUCAACAAGCCCGGAUCGUCUGGCAAGAUUUCCCCAUUCAAGCUUGUUUCCAAGGUCAAAGAGAUCACCGCUGGUGCGCCUGCCCCCGUCACAGAUGCACCUGCUCAUGCUCAUUCCUCAGCCACCACCAUUCAAAAUGUUGGCAUGGCUUCUGGUUUAUUGACCGUCUUCUUUUCUCUCUUCAUGUAAAGAGAGAUUAUACGUACUUGUGAUAUUGCCCUUGACAAAGUAAUUUUAUGAGACAUAUCAUCCGUACUAUAACUAAGAGAAAAUUCUUUGUCAAACAUUGUACUGGAAGAUGGAUUUUUAUCCCUAUUACAUGAAAUAAUCUUAAUAAUUCAU